UCCGCUGACGUCACUGCGUAUGUCUAUAACAAGGCUGCAGCUGUCUGAGAGCAACAAUAACAAGCUCUAGACAACAACAUACCGCGGCUCUGGCGGUACCUGACGGCAAAGAAAAACCCAACCAACCGAAUUUCUCAAAAAACGGCUAACCGUCGCCGCCACCACCGCGAAACGAACACGGAGACUCGGCCGCAGGGGGGAACAGGGCAGUUCGGGGCUGCAUCUGGGUCAGUGGGCCUCUCAGCGGCAGUACCGGUGGUUUAGUUAUACCCGCAGUGUCCCGUCGUGCCUGUCAUCUGUUAAAUCUACACCGUGCUAACAUGCAGGCUAACGGGGCAGGACAGGACCGGGAUUCAGAACAGUACUGCCGAAAUGGAGCGCAGAACAGCGAGUCGUCCUCCGUCGGAGGAGCUCACUUCAACGGACUCCAGUCGGGCACCAACAAUGGAAACACUGUCAGCAACAACAACAACAACGGAGUGUCGGCUCAGCCUCCAUCCAACAACACCAACAGCGCGGCGGAGGCCAACUCUGGCGUGAAGAAGAAGAAACGUUUGUCCCAGUCUGAGGAGGACGUCAUCCGGCUCAUAGGACAACAUUUACACGACCUAGGUCUCAAUCAGACGGUGGACCUCCUGAUGCAGGAGUCGGGCUGCAGGCUGGAGCACCCCUCUGCCACCAAGUUCCGCAAUCAUGUCAUGGAAGGAGAGUGGGACAAGGCCGAGAGUGAUCUGAAUGAGCUAAAGGCGUUGAUGCAUUCUCCCAGUGCUAUAGUGCGGAUGAAGUUCCUUCUGCUGCAGCAGAAGUAUCUGGAGUAUCUGGAGGAUGGGAAGGUCCUGGAGGCCCUGCAGGUCCUCCGAGCGGAGCUCACCCCACUCAAGUACAACACUGAGCGUAUCCACAUUCUGAGCGGGUACCUGAUGUGCAGUCAUGCAGAGGACCUGCGAACCAAAGCAGAGUGGGAAGGCAAAGGGACGGCAUCUCGAACUAAGCUGCUGGACAAGCUGCAGACAUACCUGCCUCCGUCGGUGAUGCUGCCUCCUCGCCGCUUGCAGACUCUGCUGAAACAGGCGGUUGAGCUGCAGAGGGAGCGCUGCCUCUACCACAACACCAAGCUGGACAGCGGACUAGACUCUGUGUCUCUGCUGCUGGACCAUGCCUGUAGCCGGAAACAGUUCCCCUGCUACACUCAGCAGAUUCUCACGGAACACUGCAAUGAGGUCUGGUUUUGCAAGUUCUCCAACAAUGGCACCAAACUGGCAACCGGAUCCAAAGACACCACAGUCAUUGUGUGGCAUGUGGACGCGGAAACCCAGCAGCUGAAGUUGAUGAAGACUCUGGAGGGUCACGCUUAUGGUGUUUCCUACCUGGCAUGGAGCCCUGAUGAUGCCUACCUGAUAGCCUGCGGUCCUGAUGACUGCUCUGAGCUGUGGCUGUGGAAUAUACAGACGGGGGAGUUACGGACAAAGAUGAGUCAGUCUCAUGAGGAUAGCCUGACCAGCGUGGCAUGGAAUCCAGAUGGUAAGCGCUUCGUCACCGGUGGACAGAGAGGCCAGUUCUACCAGUGUGACUUGGAUGGAAACCUGCUGGACUCAUGGGAAGGAGUUCGGGUGCAGUGCCUGUGGUGUCUGAGUGACAGCCGGACCGUCCUUGCAUCCGACACCCACCAACGCAUUCGUGGAUACAACUUUGAGGACUUGACCGACAGAAACAUAGUGCAGGAGGACCACCCCAUCAUGUCUUUCACUGUUUCCAAAAAUGGAAGGUUAGCUCUGCUCAAUGUUGCAACUCAGGGAGUGCACCUCUGGGACCUGCAGGACCGGGUGCUGGUGAGGAAGUACCAAGGGGUGACCCAGGGCUUCUACACCAUACACUCCUGCUUCGGAGGACACAAUGAAGACUUCAUUGCAAGUGGCAGUGAAGAUCACAAAGUUUACAUUUGGCACCGUCGCAGUGAGCUGCCCAUCGCAGAGCUGACUGGUCAUACCCGCACAGUUAACUGUGUGAGCUGGAACCCCGUCCUGCCAGGACUGCUGGCCAGCGCCUCCGACGACGGGACCGUCCGGAUCUGGGGACCUGCCCCAUUCUUGGAUGUCCAGGACGCAGAGGGGCUCAAUGAAUGUUGCAGCAUGGACAGCUGAUGAUCUGCUGCUGUGAUCUUGAGGAGCAUUAAGACUCUUAGACACUUGAAUGAAUGAAGCAGGAUAAGCUUUGGUCACUGGACAGCAGCUUCCUGGAGGCGGGGCCAGUGGUGCUGCAUGUCAGGAUGUCACAACACAGAGAUGUCAGACCCAGUUACAUUGUUGAGAGCAGAGCCAGCCAGAUGAAGCUGGGCUCCACGACCUCCAGUAUCUGACCCGCCUCCUCCUCUCGUCCGCCCCGUUCCCUCAGUACCAUCCAGGACCAUCCAGGACCAUCUAGGACCACCCACCUCCUCUUAUUUAUUAUCAGCUACAUUAUGUAUUCAUCAGUAGUUCACUGACUUGUGCUAGGCUGUGACGUAGAGAUGCCUUGUGGAGGUUGUGUGUUAUUUUGAUUCAGUCCUGAAAAAGCUUCAACUUUUUUCCUCUUUCACCUCCUGAACCUUUCUAAGAGAUUUGAACUAUAGACAUAGACAUUUGAUGGAUGCAUCAUAGACAUUUAAGGUUCAGUUUUUUCUUCCAGCUUUGCUUCUAACCAGUGAAGGAAUAGUAUAUGAUGAGCAUGUUGCAUAGGAUAGCUGAGGACAUUUUACACUCGCAGUAUGUCCUGCUAUAUAAUACAUUGAUGCCUUGUGAGAGUAUACAGCUGAUGUGUGGAAACCUAUAGAGUUCAAAGGAUUAUCCUUCAACCCAUUACCCAUUGCAUAUGGAUUAUCUGUGUAGAUCCUUCAAGCCAUCGGCGUGGAUAUCCCCUUUAUUUUGCUGUGACAUCUUUGCUCUCUUUACAAUUGCUCUUUUGUUUCAGUUUCCAUUGAAGCCUGUUGGUUACAUUGUUACAUGUUUUAAAUUUAACUUAUUACUGUUUUAACUUGUUUUUUAUUUACUACAAUGGGAAAGAAACACUCCCUGAUUUCUUACUGUAUCCAGUAGAGCCCCCAAAAUCCCGGCUCAACUGUGAGCUUUGGCUGUUGUUAUUGUUUAGUUUCAUAUUAUCAACAAAUCCAAUGAAAAGACCUGAACCAACAAUGUGUUCGUCUGUUUGUCGGAAUGUUCUGAGAUCUCUACCCUGUCUCUCAGAACCCAUUGGUUCCUACUGAAGAUGUAAAGCUUUGAGCCCUUUUUUUAAACGUGUCUUUAGUCAUUUCCGAACGCAGCUGGUUACUGUGGUUUGUAACAAACAUUACUCAGAAAGGAGGAUUAAUCCACAUUUGGGGCUCUGGUGAGUAUUUGUGCAGCAGGAUGGUGUGUGUGGGAUUGAGUCAAAUUAAAGUUCUGUGAGUGUGUUCAUGGUAACGAAGGAACAUGUGACCCAGUGCAACCGUGUAACUCGUGUGUUUGAAUGGUUUGUGGAGAACGAAAAGGAGCUCUCUCGCACAGAGGAAGAAGAUCUAGCAGCCAUUGA